AUGUUGAAGCUGUGCAUCGCUUGUAGUUCGAAGGUAAAUGAGAUUAGUUUAUUUAAAGCCAAAGAUAAAAUAGAAAUGUUCUUGAGGUUUAGUCUUCAGAGAGAUUUUGAAGUUUUACGACUCAUGGGUUUUACAUAACAGCUUCGGUGCGACCGGUGCUUGUAACUAACGUGACCAAGUGAUGUAGGGUUCUCGCGACGGAGUUUGGCCAACAGUUUUAUAAAAUUUAUUUUUCAUCAUCGAUCUCUGUGAUGAAAUUAUCUGGCUUACAAACAGAGUAUGUUUUGAUGUCCUUUGGACAGUGUGAAGUGUAGUAGUCGGUAACAACAGUGUUACGAGAUAAGCACAACAUAACGCAAUCGUAGCAACACUGGUUGUCUCGCGAUAGUUAAAGUACAGCAAAUAACUUUUAUUUUUCUCUGUAAAUUUCAAACCAGUUUAAAUUUAGAGACACCGUUUUUUGGUGUGACUGUUGCAGGACAAACUUUGGUAUAAACAAACUGAAUAGUUACGACGCAGUUACAUGCAGAGGGUGAAUUCUAAACCUCUAUCCCGCCCAUGUCAGAUGUAGCGACUAGGGAAACCGCCAUUUCGGAAGGCUAAAAAACGGGCAAAACGACAAACAAGUCCAUGUUACAGUAUCUUUACACAAUACGCUUUCAACUAUAACUUAUCCGGAUCACAACGGUUUUAAUUUUUCAAGAAAAUUAAGAUACAUUUGUCGGCAUAAUCAUGAGCGCACCAAGAUUCACUGACUCAGUAUUUGUUUGUUUGUUUCAAAUUGUUUUCCGUUUCUUGAAACAUCAUGGCGCAUCGAGUCGCUUACCCGGAGUAGCGACUCGAAGUAAUGUCUGAAAUUCAGGCUACAAUAGGUGUUUUUGAAAGCUUGGGAAAUCUCAUCAUUAACAAAACAACCUAAAAAAAAGUCCAUUAAUUAAGCGUCGAUCUUCUGCAUACGUUUGCAAAAAUCCAGGGGCGCGAAAGAUCCUCUGAGUAGAUUAACGUCUCAGUCUUCCGUUUUCACUUUACUCAUACGGUCAAAUAUUAAAAGUUUGCUUGUACGGUGCCUCCUCUUGAACGCCUAACACCGUUAAUAGUACAAAUCAGCUUCAAUUGCUCUUACACAUCUUUGAUUCCAAAGCCAUUGUCAAAUCAGACUAUUUCGUUUUGGCUUCUGGGACAGCACCAGUUGAAAGUAGGGCAAGUCGGUAGUCGAGGCUCGGUGGUUAGUGUCCAGACGGUCUUGGAACCCCUCAGCCUCGAAAUAAGCACGGCACAGAAACGGUUUACCUCUCCGAGUUUUAUCAAAGUUGUCAUGACUGUACUUACGCUUUUAUCAACAACUCAAAUAGACCUUGUCACGGUUUUCGACGCCAUCUUGACCAGCAGGCAAACCCGUGAGAAAUUACAGUGUUUUUAUGAAAAUCUAAUGUCAAAUAAUUUCCGUAAAACUGCUUUUUUAAAAAAUAUAUGAACUGUAAACUAAAGCUUCGCUCUUAAGGAUUCUACGGAAAAAAUUUGAGGGCGUUACAUGCGCUAGAAGACCUAGCACCUUGUUUAAAAAUUUUCUAUACAUUUGUCUGUAAAAAUUUCCCGGGAAAAAUUGCACACAAAUAUAUGGAAAAUCUAAAGCAAGCUUCUGGAGAAAUUUAAGCACAGUAACGGCCCCCAAAAUUUGUUGGUAAAGUCUUUUGCUGUGAAGCUUUAGUUUACAGUUCAUAUUUUUUUCAGAAGAGUCGUUUUACGGAAAUUAUUCGACAUUAAAAUCUCAUACAAACACUGUAAUUUCUCACGUGUUUGCCUACUCGUCAAGAUGGUGUCGAAAACCGUGACGAGGUCUAUUUACACAGAACAUUAACAGAAGCAAACAGGAUUAUAAUGAAAAUUGGCAGGAUGCAGUGCUUUGCCGGUUUUCAUCUAAGUGUUUGGAAUUAAAUAAAGAUCGGAUAUAUGAAGUGAAUCAGGUUACAGAUGUAAACGUUUGUCUGUUGCGUUGGGUAAAUUGGUUUUGUGGAUCAGACAAAAAAGUAAGAUAAAGUAUUCGAUAUUCAGCAUUUAAUUUUGUACCUUAAUUUUUCGUAUGGUCAAUUUUUGCGGUCAAUUGAAUUUUCUGAACUGGAAGGUUCAAACCAAAAAAUUUACAUUUAUAACUAAAUCAAACCACAAUCGCUUUCAUUUUUGUAAACUGCACCUAAACGAACAUAAAAUGUUUGACCAUAAAAUUGAUAGUUGAAACACAUUAACAAUCGCCUUUAUUUUUGCAAGUUGUACCUAAACGAACAUAAAAUGCUUGAACAUUAAUUGAAAGUAAAACCAAGGUGGGUCUGCAUGAAAAUUUAAGACACACCAGUCUAAUUGCUUUGUAGGUGACUGUAUGUUUUCUGUAAUUUGUACAAAUUAUUGUGAUAUCAAGCAGCUGUGAUUAUCGUCAAAACUUUGUACGAGAGUUAAAGAGCUAAACAGUUGUUCUAAACAGCAUUAAAUUGCCUCAAUCUUUGGUCCAUGAAAUUUGGGUUUUUACUUGUUCAGGUUUAAGCUAUUGUGUCACUUAAAAGGGCCGUUCGAUUUACUCUUACAUAAUGCUGAUUAUGACAUUGUUCUGUUUUAUUUCUGAAUAUUGCAUUAUAGAUUGCUGUACAGGGUUGUUACAAAAGUUUUGUCCAGUUCAAAUCUGGAGUUGUUUGGGAGUAGGGACAUCAACUGAAUAAUUGUGAUAUUAUAAAUGUAAAGAGUGAACUCUGAAGAGCCUGCUCAAUUUUUAGGAAGGUACAUGAACUUCAAACAUAACGCGAACUGAUUUAUCUAAAUUAGGAAUCAAGAUGAUGAUGUAUUUAAUUUGCUGUAACUGAGGGAAAAACCAAGGCAUCGAAAAUUGAAUUGAGACACAUACAUUAGCUAAUGCAGAUUCAACUUUUGUGGCCUAUCGGGCCACAAGCUUAAAAUACUCAUCACGCUGUUUUUCUUUCCUUUUGCACCUCAUCUAUAGGUCGCUGCCUCAAGUCGCACCUGCUCAUGUGGUCACGUGUUUUCACCCGAGACCCGCAGGAUUGGCGGGAAACGAUUCUCUGGUAAAUCGUUUUACUGACAGUCAUCAUACUAUACGUGAAAAACUAUUCUUGUCUUUUAUAUUGGCAACGUUUAAGUAAAGUUCGAUCAUAACUUCAACGCUCAAUAAAUGAUUAAAAGUUAAACGACCGAAAUCAUUAAGACGCUUUGAUUUGAAUUUAAAUCGAAGAUUCAUUCAGUCAGUCAGUCAAAGUCAUUCAGUGAAGCUUUGAUUCCACUUUAAAACUUUUGUUUCUUGUUUCAUUGAUAUCUCAUUGGGCAAAACCUGACUCAAAGAGGAGGAUUUUCGAUCCAUGUCUUUACCUUGUUGACAAGAAUGCUUUUUGAAAUGCUAGCUAUUGUGCUAACGGUUUUGUUCCUCAGUGUUGUCGCAACUAUCCAUAAUGUGUAAGUCCAGAAUUACAUUUCUAUUGAAUGAAACCCCAAUGAGGAUUCGCCUCAUUUCCUAGCUGCUUUGCCGCCAGACUUUCUGGUGAUUUUCGAAAGAAACAGGGUACUCUUAUCUACAUUAGAUAAUUUUUCAAAACAAAUUCUGUCUCGAAUCCCGUUGAUUAGUCCCGACAUUUUUUCGGAUAAAUUUACAAAUAUAUUGCUUAAAUUGCCAUUGCGAUCAUAUCUUCAAGGGCAUGUGUAUUUCCCCAGCUCACAUCAUCUUCAUUCCAGAUGUCUCAUUCCUUACACGGGUUGAGAUGAACUCAACAAACUGGCCAGCUGCCCAUGUAUUAUUUUAUAUUAGGUAGAUUUAUCGAUAAUCACAUUUGAUAAUCAAGCUGCCAAUAUAUUGGUCUUCAUAGCUCAGUUGGUAGAGCACUUGCGAUUUCAAACGCAGAGGCCAUAUGUUCGAAUCCCGUUGAAGCCGGGAAAUUUUGCUCCGGUUAAUUCGCAAUUGCUUACAUUGUUAUUACAACUGUGACGAUCAUAUAAAUUCAUUUGAAGUCUGUCUUGUUGUCCAGGAUACCGACUGGGGACAGCACGGAGGCAAUCAUCUGGUAAUCUUCAUGAAAGACAGCAAAACGGAUGCGUGAAGGCCGACCAUACAGCCAAGAAGGUGAGAUGCUCUUGGAAAGGCUUUAAAUGGGAGCUUGAUAAAAUCUUUGAUAGCCUGAUUGGAAAAACGUUGUUGCUUGAAAAGUAUAAAACUUGAAAAGUAGAUAUAUGGAUAGACGUUUAUUAGCAUUGCAAGUUCAAAGUUCUUUUCAGAAUAGCUUACACUAUUAGCCAAGGGGGUCCCACAAAAUGUCAUGCAGGCGCGAGUCACACCGGCUUGAGUUCACCCCUGUUGUUGUACCGGAGCGAAAUUACGACCACUCGUUUCAGUGUGAAGUCGAUCUGCCGGUAGACUGGAACGGGCAGCGCAUGCCUAAUAUGUCGAUAUGAAGUGCACCUUCAUAUAAACGCAAUAUAAAAUGACCCAGUUAUCAUGAAACGCGAUACGAAAUCAAGAAGUCACCCCGGUAUGAAACUCGAGCAGGUGCGAGGUUUCUUAUGUAAACACCCCGUCAGCGCUGAUGCAUAGAGCGUAGCCACAUCUCCAACGCACACUUGAAAAUAAUAAUAAAAAAACUUUUUUGGAAGAGUUAAAAGAAAACGGCAUGCCUGAAGCAAAGUCAUACUCCAGGGGUUUGCAUCCGCACAGAGUCCGAAAUUGCGCCUUCCUGGUCGCCAAUGCGACUAAAAAUUUAGCCCUGGCGACCAGAAUUUCAUAGCUUGUCGCCAGCUAGCGACUUGUAAAGCUGGGCUGAGUUGCUCAAAGCAUGGUUAGCUUUAACCAUUGGUUAAGCAGUAUCAAAAUCAAUACGUUGUCAAGGUAUUAAACGCUGGAUAACGCUAACCAUGCUUCGAGCAACUGGGCCUGUUAUUGUGGACUUUAACGUUCGGAGAAACUGAUUAACAAUUGAAACCUCGAAGCUAUUUGCCAACAGGUGUCUUACUUUUUGUCCUGCUGAUAUUUUUUAAUAAUAUUAAAAGUGAAACGAAUCUUCAGCUACGAUCGACAGCUACGAUCAAUACGAGUUGAACGUUUCCAAGCCGCCAUGUUGUUUUCAGCUGAAAUACGGUAAGUACGUUAUGUACUUUAUGGACUGGCACGAGUAAUGUGGCACAGUUGUGGCCUGGUACGAGCAACAUGGCGGCUUGAAUUUAUGUUUUGUGGUAGGAAUAGUUAUCGGAAGAAAAUAGAGGUUUGAUAUGAUCAGUGCAGUCAUGGGCAGACAGCUUUCUGUUCCUAUGUUCUAGAUCAAAUAGCUUUAUAUCUCCAAAAAGCAAUUUGUGGAAAAAAAUAUGACUUCACUUGUACACGUACGGUUGCUUUCUGGUAUCGGGAGCAGAAGUAGUGCAAUUUUUGAGCAUAAAAACGUCCACAGCAUGCAUUUAUAAUUCGUGUUUAAACUUUUAUUUAACAAAAAAAGGGAGGGGGAAUUUUUGGCGACAACAAUUUGCACCCUGGCGACCAAAAAUUUAUACUUGAUCGCCAGUUGGCCCCCGUAUUAAUAAGUUAAUUUCGGACCCUGCCGCACUUGAAGCUCUUAAUAACGAAAGCUCUUCUUGAAAGAACUUUGAAUUUGCUUUGCUAAUAAAUGAAUACUUAUGAAUCCUUUAAGCUGCAUCAUUCGUGGUUCAUACUGUGCAGCACUCGGUUUUGGUUUUAGUUUCACGCAAUGAACAGAAAACCGUACUAUUUUCUAGGUGAGAAUAGUUUGUACUUGAAAACAAGGAGAAAAGUAGGACAUUAAAAUAUGCCACAAAACCGAUAUUUAGGGAUUUUUUUAGAAAUUUCUCAUCGUUUGGUCUCUCCCUUUUUAUUAUCUUUUUUUUACCGGGAUGAUCAGUCAAACCCUUGGGAAUUGCGUGUUUGAUUCACAUUUCUGGCUACUCCAGCAACAAUAAAACUGAAUUGAAAUUGAAGUACGCAUGGUGUAAUCAACAAAACCUCUGAUUUAAUGCGAUUAACUUAUCCCUUACCGUCCAUUUUAAUCGCUUUUACUUCACAGUCGCAAAAGCCAAUACUAAAUCAAAACCUAAAGAGUCCUAAAGCAAACCAAGAGAAAUCAAGGGUUACGCUUCACAAAUCCUGCAAGCGAAAAGUACCGCACAUGUCGAAUGAAAACCAAAGUAAAGGUAAAGUGAGAAAGCUUGACAACAUCAUGGAUGUGUUCUUUUCCCCGGAGAAACGCUUGAAACUAUCGCUUGCACUCAAUGAGAUCAACAGAAGAUUAGCAGGGCAGAUUCUCAUCUGGAAAAUGCUUCCUUGUGAAACAGGAUAAUCUAUAGAAGUCUACUCCUUUAGCAGUAUAUGGCUCAGUGAAUGAAGAAGAUGUACAUAAAUAUAAUUAUAUGACUGGCUCACUCAACACCAAUUUCACAACCCGGUUCGACUACGCCUCACCUGCCGCGGCGUUCUUUUAGACAGAAGAGGAUCCAGGAAAUCAUCAAACCAUGCUGUCCGUUUACUUGUAUCCACAUGAAACUUUUAAUUAAAAAAAACGGACAAGUGUGAUUAAGAAAGUGUUCUAUUCUACGUAGAAUUUAGACGGCUAUACCUUACCAAAUUUUAUGCCAUGGCGUAUACUUAUCGCUCCCCAAUUCCAAUGAUUGGAAUCCUUUAAUGAAUUUAACUGUUGAUUUUUUAAGGCAAUCAAUACGAAAGAGGCAUAACUAAUCUUCAAGGGUAAAUCACACGGAUCGAAGCCCUUCUGGAUCUUAAGGCGUACAUGGUAUCAAUAAUACCGAGCCAAAACCUUUGUGGUUUGCCCGGCAGACAACUCGCCAAAAGUUACCCGCGAAUUUAUUGAAAAUGAUAAGGUAGUAACUACUUAGACUUUGUUGUUUUAUGUUAUUUCGUAUUAUAUAUUUGUGAUAUGGGGGCUCGUAAUAUCGAGUUUCCACUCGAUAAAACUGUAGUAACUUUAGCAAUGAUUACACCCAUAAUGAUACUUGAUAAGGGCGUCAAAAGGAAACUACUGAUUAGCUUUUCAGUUUGUACAGAUCAGAACUGCCUGGACACAAAACAGUUGUAAAUAAACUUCAUGUAACUUGAAAAAUUUAGACGGGUACAGUAAACACACCCACAUAUAGAAGGAAUUAAGGCUGAAAUUGGUAAACUAAUUACGAAAUAUGCGAUACCGCUAUAAAUAUUGUUCUUACAUACCAUUUCAUCCAGGCUGUUUACACAAAUCGCGUGUUUUCAAUGUAGGUGGUAACUGUAUCGUAGCAUAAAAAACACAUUGAUCACUCUGCGAUACUUUGAACUGAACUGGACGACACGAUUGAGACCGUUCAGCUAGACAGAUUAUCCUGAAUUACUCGUCGUUUAAUAUAACAAUAUUAAGGGAUUCAGAAUUAAAAAAUAAUGAAACAAGGUUGAUGCUAUAAAUAAAAAAAAAGGACCUAUAAGGGAAGACUUACACGGAAGGGAACAUCAAUACAUUGGAAAUUAAUUAAUACUGAGUGUAUGAGGUAUUGAAUGAGUCUUUUAGCUUCGAAAUUGAGCUCGCGAAAAUCAAAAUUGUUCAAUAGCAGACCAUCUCAUGGUGUUAACAGUCAUUGCUGUCCACGAUGAAAUUUUCGUGGCAUUUAAUGUCACCAAUUAUUUUAACCAUGGACGAAUGAGUAAGUGUUUCAGCAAAAGGUCUACUGGCUUUUAAGCCCAAUAACUACAACUGGGGUUCAAAGCUAACAUUUCGUGGAAAUCUAUUAAGUGAACUAUGUUUGCUCUCAGUUCAAUUGGCGUAAGCAACAACUCAGUUUCAGAUUUAUUUUGCAAUAUUUCUUACAAAGUUACAGUAUAUGGAUAGAUUGAAUUACACGUUAUUUAGAAUGACAAGUAAAAGAAAGGCAUCAAAGGCGUGGAGACCCGUUAAGAAAACGUUAGAGAUUAUACUGCCUAGCUAUUUCGGUCAUCAAACAAAUCUUAAUAGCUUUGGAAUCGUAUUUAAGGUUGUUAUUUGUUUGCCCGCGUAGUUUCAAAAAACAUCCAGCACACAGAACGUACGCUUAAUGAACUCGUUCAAAACAGGAAAUUGAAAGGGUUAAUCAAUUUAGAAGAGAUGAGACGAGAUUCCUCGAAAUUACGAUGAAAAGGCUCAGCGCAAAUAAGAUCUAAUAAAAUGCCUCUGCAGGGAAGUCAGUUUAGGGAAAGACUUAAAAAAUAGACUAUUUUAACUUUGUGGGAAUAAUUGAGUAGGGAAGCAUGGCAUUUCUGCCUUACAUUUCAGUGCUGAAAUAGAAAAAAAUUGUUAUUUUAUUUGAUUUUGAUGGUACCGUCGCGAAAUAACAACUUCAAGUAAUCUGAUAGCUUGAACUGCGCACCAAAGAAUAAAUAACUGCAGCAAAAUUUAUGAACAGAUGCAGGAAACACAUCCACUUAAGUUAACCUUGGCGUCGUGGGAAAUAACUGAGUGGAAAAGGCACUGCACUUUUUACUAGCUACAAUAGAACACUUUACCACUAAGUGACUAAAACUCAACUGGAUGAACUAAUUGCCAGAACAUAUCGGAUUUAAGUAAUCUGCUGAAUACUUAACGACAAAAGGAACCUCGGACCUUAUUUCCUGGCAGAGAACUAGGAAAGUGUUUCGUACUUUCAACAACUAGGGAGCUUAUAAGAGAAAAAAAUGUUUUUCUUCAGCGAAAAUUUUUGUUUUAUCGUGCACGGAAUAAGGGUUUUUAAUGACAACUGUUAUACUCAAUUAUUUCCCUCGAAACAGAAAUAGCAAGCUUCUCAAGCGCUUAGUUUCUGUCAAAACCAUUGAGCAAAGAACAACCAUAAAGUGAUUAAGAAUUUUUUAACCCAACGGAUGCCAACAGCUUAUUCCAAUAAGUGUUAUGGAGUCAAGUAUAUAUGAGAAAAAAAUAUAAACCAUUAAAACUAAGCUAUGAAAAAGGAGUGAUACUUAUUGACAGGAACUGCCAUAUCCAAUUUCAUAUAAACCUUUCAUACGUGGG